AUGCCUCGUGCUGGCCAUGCGGACGAGAAGAAGAUCAAAGAAGCCUGCGAAACGAUUCUCAAGCGCUUGGCACUGGGCAACAAACCAAAUUACGCUUCUGCUGCUCGUGAGCAUGGUGUCCAUGUCAACACUCUUCGCAUGCGCUUUCAGAACUUCCGGAAGUCGCGAAACGAAGCUGCGCUGGACCGAAUGUUUCUCAGUCCUUCCGAGGAGGAGACACUUGUCACUUGGAUGGAGGUUCUCGGAGCAAGUGGCAGUCCUAUUCCCCGCAAGGCCACCUCAGUUACCACCUGUUGA